AUGGCUCCACCGCAACAAACAGGUUUUCGCGACAUGGCUAUGGAUGCGCUUAAGAAUCUCGUCAACAACGUUCCCGACUGGUUGCAGCGACUCGACGACCUCAGCGGCCAAAUCGAUCAAUAUCAGGCCGAGCAGGCCGCUAUUGCUGCCGCAGAGGGCAAGUGUGCAGAGACAAAGCCGCUUCGCAACAAAGGCUCAACUGAGUCACUCAAGCCUAAAGAUAAUCCCCCAAUCGUCCAUGCUGAGGCUCUAGCGAACAAGAACAUCGUCAAAGUGUACCUUAGGUGCCUUAGGCUUCAUUGGUUUCCGUACCGUCUUUUCGCCGGCGCCAUCAUACCAAGCCGUACCUCCAUUCGUCAACGACAAGAGAUCAACAAGGCCGCACAAGCUCGAGCUCGAUCUCAGGUGAGAGAGAGGCCAAAGUCACCGUCCAUGAUGUCCAACGAUGACGCCCCAGCCGCCUAUCGAACUCGAAGCAUGAUCACUGUAUACUACGACGGAUACGCUCAGACCUUCUUUGACGAUCUCGUGAUGUUCGCCUCGUCCAGUCGAAACUUGAUACGCAAGGCCAAGUUAGCCGUACGGGUUGCCCUGGCCAAGAAGCUUGCGGAGCAAGACGUGUCGGAUGAUGGCAACAACAAUAACGCCCUCCCUUCACUACUAUACAUGAGCAGUAGACCAUUUGGCCUAAUGUCAAUAACUCGACCUGGCGCUGGCGGCCAACCACCAGGUGUAUACGACAGGCUGGAUAAGGGCCUCGAAUUCGUGCAGAGUAUGUGCCAGAAAGGUGCUCACCAGUUCCUUCGCGAUGGUGACUGCAAUGAUGAAAUCAAUAAUGCGCAGAAACGACUAAGUGAGGUUCUCGAGAUGGCCAAGACCGAAAUGGAACGUAUCGAGCGUGAAGAGCCCGAAUUAGCCAAAGAAACAAGGGAAAUGGGCAAGGUCCGGAUACGACGACCUAUCAGGAUGCGCCGCGAUAUGAUGGUUAGCCUUAAAGAAGGCAGCCCGGCACCCACUAAGGAGGAGAACAAGCCGCAGCCGGCAAAGCUAGAAGCUGCCAAGCUUACUUUGGCAACGGAUCCCAUGGCGCCUAUAGCUGUCGAUCCAAAUAUCAAGGAAGCCGACGAGGGUAUUGUUGUCGGGAUAGAACUUCCCAAGUUACAAUACCGAUCAACCCGGGCGAUGCGCAGUCGCGGGUCAUAG